AUGUAUCGCAAGAUCUUGGCCAAAAACCUCCUUCCCUCAGUAAUAGCAACGAAGAUGGGUCGUGGCUGGGUCUUCCAGCAUGACAAUGGCCCAAAACACACUGCGAGGGCAACUAAGGAGUGGCUCCCAACAACAGCAACUGAUGCAGUAACGUCAUCUGAAACAACAUCUGCUCCAACUACUACAACAGGAGGAACAACAUCUGCAACAACUACAACACCUGAUCCAACAACGACAGCGGUAACAACAUCUACUGAAACUACUGUUCCGACUACAACAACAGCAGCAACAACUACAACAACAACAGCAACAACAGCACCUGAUGCAGUAACGUCAUCUGCAACAACAACAUCUCCUCUCACAACAACGACAACAGCAACAACAGCACCUGAUGCAGUAACGUCUUCUGCAACAACAACAACAGCAGCAACAUCUGCAACAACAACAUCUCCUCUCACAACAACGACAACAGCAACAACAGCACCUGAUGCAGUAACGUCAUCUGAAACAACAUCUGCUCCGACUACUACAACAGCAGAUACAUCUGCAACAACGACAACACCUGAUCCAACAACGACAGCGGUAACAACAUCUACUGAAACUACUGUUCCGACUACAACAAGAGCAGCAACAACUACAACACCUGAUCCAACAACGACAGCGGUAACAACAUCUACUGAAACUACUGCUCCGACUACAACAACAGCAGCAACAACUACAACAACAACAGCACCUUUGGCAGUAACGUCUUCUGCAACAACAUCUGCUCCGACUACUACAACAGCAGAUACAUCUGCAACAACAACAUCUCCUCUCACAACAACGACAACAGCACAGGAACGUCAUCUGCAACAACAACAUCUCCUCUCACAACAACGCCUGAUCCGACUACGACAGUGCAGCAAAAACAACAUCGACACCAGCUGCGACAACGACAUCUGCAACAACAGCAGAAACAACAUCUGCAACAACACCUGCUGCAACAACUACAGCAUCAACAGUAGCAACAACAUUUGCUCCGUCAACAGCAGCAACAACAGCAACAACAACAACACCUGCUACGACUACAACAACACAUCUGCAACAACUACAACAACAACAUCUGCAACAUUUGCUCCGACAACAGCAGUAACAGCAACACCAACAACACCUAAUACAACUACAACAGCAGCAACAACAGCAGCAACAACACCUGCUCCAACUGCAACAACAGCAGCAACAACAGCAACAACACCUGCUCCAACUUCCUUAGUGAAACUGGCACCAAACGGGUCCAGUUCCGUCUACAACUACUGCACCUGCAACUGCUGCACCUACAACUACCUCACCUACAACUUCCACAUCUGCAACUACUGCACCUACAGCUACCUCACCUAUAACUUCCACAUCUACAACCAUUGCACCUAUAACUACUGCAUCUACAACUGUAGCACUCUUUACAUCAAGGCUUUUAUAGUUCGAGCUUCUAUGAUAAAGACACAGCUUGAACCUGUGUUCCAAAGGGCUUUCCCUUCCUCCUUCAACUCCUUGGACGUGGUAUCAUUCAGCACUGCUAUCAAAGUAUUUACCAUAACAACCACACCUGCUCCAACAACUACUGCAGCGACAACGCCUGCUCUCACAACAACUACUACAACAACACCUGCCCCAACAACAACUACUCCAGGAACUACUACUACAGCACCAACACUUGCUCCCACAAUAACUGCUGCAGCAGCAACAACAACAACUGCUCCAACAACAACUAGUCCAGUAACUACUACUACAGCAACAACACUUGCUCCAACUACAACUACUGUAGCAACAACAACAGCACUUGCUCCAACAACAACUACUCCAGGAACAACUAGUCCAACAACUACCACAGCAAUAACAACACCUGCUCCCACAACAACUACUGCAGCAACAAAACCUGCUCCCACAACAACUACUGCAGCAACAAAACCUGCUCUCACAACAACUACUGCAGCAACAAAACCUGCUCUCACAACAACUACUGCAGCAGCAACAACCACACCUGCUCUGACAACUACUGCAGCAACAACACUUUCUGCAACAACAAAUACUGCAGAAACUACACCUGCUCCCACAACAACAACUCCAGCCAAUACUACUACAGCAACAACACUUGCUCCCACAACAACUACUUUGGCAACAACAACAGCGCCAACAACAACACCUGCUCUCACAACAACUACUGCAGCAGCAACAACAACAACAACAACAACUGUUCCAAUAACAACUAGUCUAGUAACAACUACUACUACUACUACUACUACUACUACUACAACAACAACACCUGCCCCAACAACAACUACUCCAGGAACUACUACUACAGCACCAACACUUGCUCCCACAACAACUGCUGCAGCAGCAACAACAACAACUGCUCUAACAAGUACUCCAGAAACUACUAUUACUACAACAACAACACUUGCUCCAACAUCAACUACUGCAGCAACAACACCUGUUCCCACAACAAUUAUUGCAGCAAUAACAACAACACUUGCUCCAACAACAACAAAAGCAACAACAAAACCUGCUCCGACAACAACUACUGCUGCAACAACAACAACUGCUCCAACAAGUAGUUCAGUAACUACUACUACUACUCCAUCAACAUCUGCUUCCACAACAGCUACUGCAGCAGCAACAACGGCUGCUCCAACAACUACUCCAGUAACUACUUCUACAGCACCAACACUUUCUCCCACAACAACUACAGCAGCAACAACAAUAACAACUGCUCCAACAACAACUAGUCCAGUAACAACUACUACAGCAACAACACUUGCUCCAACUACAACUACUGCAGCAACAACAAAACAUGUAGUACGAAGAUUUUUAAGUAAUCAGCAAAAGAUUUGGUUUGGCCCCAGUCAAUCCCCUUAGUAGAGAAUGUUCCGAUUUUUCACACAAAAAAUGUGCACACUGCCCAGAAAAACACAUGAAGAAACUUAAUGUUUUUGUAAAUAAUGAAUAGCUCAGAUUUUUUUCUAUAUCCUUUAUUGGUGCCCAUCAUUAUACGUUCCUCCCGUCGGUCUGUCUCCUGGCCACAAUUAGUUUUCUACACUACCACAGGAACAUCUUUCACUCUUGUAUAGUCUACGUACUAUAUCAAAAAAAACUAUCUUGUUCAGAUUUACAGGAGGAAUUGAUAAAAAGAGACAUCAAGGGGAAUACAUCAGGACAAACUAGAUUAUUUGCAUUUCUUGAAGGAAAUAUGUGUGAUUGCUAGAUAUGCUGCUGCUUCAGAAGAAGAAUUAUUUGAAAUAAAGAGCUAAGAUAACUAAAGUCUUACAAUAAGUCUGAAAUUAAGAGUGAA